GUAAAUUUAUAGUUUGUAAAUAUACUUGCUCGCCGGAACAAUUGGUAUCCCAUGCCUUAGACGCUCCGAUCAAUUGGUCCAUGCUCUUUUCUUAUCGGUCCUUGCCUAUGCCCCACAUAAAAUCAUCAUCCUUCACUCUUCCACCAAAUCUUUUCUUCUUUUUUCAUCAAUCACAGGAUGCGAGGAACGUUGGUAUUCUCGGGCUCGUCAUGCCCAGCUCUCACCGGCAAAAUAUGUGAGAACCUGGGCAUGGCUCCGGCUGAGGCUGACCUAUCUCAGUUUUCAAAUGGCGAAACAAGCGUCCGAAUUCUGACCAGUGUUCGAGACAAGGAUGUCUUCGUUGUGCAAUCCGGAAGCCCUACCAUCAAUGAUACUAUCAUGGAAUUGCUCAUCAUGAUCUCCGCUUGCAAAGGUGGUUCUGCGAAUAAGAUUACCGCCGUUCUUCCAUAUUUCCCAUACAGUCGGCAAUCUAAAAAGAAGUCUCAUCGGGGCGCCAUUACCGCUCGAAUGCUAGCGAAUUUGCUUAACGUGGCUGGCGUUAAGCAUGUCAUCACUGUCGAUCUACAUGCUUCUCAGAUGCAGGGAUUCUUCAAGUGUCCCGUCGACAACCUUCACGCCGAGCCCCUCAUAGCACGUUGGAUUCGAUUGAACAUCCCCAAUUGGAAGGAAGCUGUUGUUGUAUCCAAGAAUGCCGGCGGUACCAAGAGAGUAACAUCGUUGGCCGAUGCAUUGAAACUCAACUUUGGCUUGGUUACUACAGAUCGCAAGCGCGCUCCUAAUAUGUCUGCGAGUAUGAUCAUGAACCAGCUUGACGGGUGGGAUAAUCCUCCUGGUUAUGUUAAUGGCGUCCAGCGUUCAAGAGCUAUCUCAGAAGACAGAGACUCGGAUUGGAACGGUUCGACUAGGUCAUCACGGGUUGUGGGCGACUCUCAAGGGUCUCCUAAGCGUGCUAAUGCGCCGCCGCUACGGACUAACAGUCUUACGCGAUCACCGUAUACGCGCGCUUAUACACCUUCUCAGACGUCUCCCAUCGAGGAGUUAAAAGACGAGGAAGAAAACGUUGAUGAGGCGCUGGUUUAUAAUGACGCACGCGCCCAAGAGGUGACACAAGGAAGACUUGUUCAAGGCCAUGUUGUUGCAGACGAUUUCCAAUCGCCAUCCCAGUCAGAUGGCGGCGGGAGUCAAUCCUACCAAGGCGGUGAUGACGACCCCAUGGCCAUGUCCCACGCCUCUUCUUUCUUCGCUCCCGAACCACAUGCUCUUGGCGGCUCCGGUGACGCUGAAGGGUCGUCAGACGAAGAGGAAGAAAAACUUCGAGAUCCCAAAGUCGAGCACAUGAUCACGCUAGUUGGCAAUGUUAAGGACCGCCCGGUCUUAAUCGUGGACGACAUGAUUGAUAAGGCUGGUUCGUGGAUUGCCGCAGCUGAGACUGUCGUUAAGCGAGGCAAAGCGAAGAAGGUGUAUUGUAUGGCCACACAUGGAGUGUUCGGAGCAGACUGCCUCGAGCAAAUGCAAGCUUGCGACUGCAUCGACCAGAUCAUUGUGACCAACAGCUUCCCAAUUCCCGAUAGGAGAGCGAAGAACGCGAGUAAGUUGGUCAUCUUAGACCUUUCCUAUCUACUCUCCGAGGCGAUCCGAAGAAACCAUUAUGGCGAAUCCAUCUCGCCCCUAUUCCAACAUAUUGCGGAUUAGACAGUCCUGGAAUGUUAUGAUUAUUACGAUUAGACUGCCAUUACUCGCAGUAGUGUACGAUUCAUGAAAACGAGAGGUGAGGCUGCGGGUAUUUGGUACGGCGUAUAGGAGGAGGCGGAAUAAGGCUUUAUUAUGGCUUUUUGGAAUCACGGCUAGCGUUACGGGACUAAAUCAGAUACCACGUUAAGAUUGUCGCAACAGGUAUGUUUUUUGAACUGGAGUUUCGCGUGAUUUAUGCCCGUAUCAUGAAUCCAUUCCCCUACACAUACAUACACACACACUUCCCCAACGGUGCUAUCUUCGGAUGGCCUGGGCUUAUAUGUCCCUCUAGGACAAGUCCUGAACGGAACGUUGGCAGAUCAAACCAUCCCUUAGGGGUACUUCGAUGCUAGAAGGCCAGUCAUUCAGAUUAUUACUAUCACGUCCUUCAUGGAUGAUGAAUGUCAGGCAAGAGAAAACUUCGUACAGUCCAUAAUGUCAAUUAAACUACAAUUUAAUUCCA